AUGGCUGACCCACAACCACCAGCUCGCCCUAUUGGUGCUUAUGACCGCCCGACCAACAACGGUCAACUGUUAGGAAUCAGAGCACCAGCUGUGGCAGCAAACAACUUUGAGAUCAAGUCAGGAUUGCUGAACCAGAUUGAGAACAACAAGUUUCAUGGCCUGGCUGCAGAGAACCCAUUCGACCACUUGGACAGCUUUGAUAGAUACUGUGGCCUAUCCAAAACCAAUGGUGUAUCAGAGGAUGGUUUCAAACUCAAGCUUUUUCCUUUCUCUUUGGGGGACAAGGCACGUCAGUGGGAGAAGUCUCUGCUAAGCAGCUCCAUCACCACUUGGGAUGACUGCAAGAAUGCUUUCUUAGAAAAGUUCUUCUCUACUUCUAAGACAGCUGACUACAUGAAUGAGAUAUCUGGUUUCAAACAGAAGAACUUGGAAGGAUUCAGUGAAGCAUGGGAGAGGUUCAAUGGCUACCUAGCUCAGUGUCCACACCAUGGUUUCAACAAGGGAAGUUUGCUCAGUACAUUCUAUAGAGGUGCUCUCCCUGAGUACAGAGCCAGAUUGGAUACUGCAAGCAAUGGGAACUUCUUGGACAGAACUGAGAGAGAAGCAGCGCAGCUGGUUGACAACAUGGUUAAGAGUGAUGCAGUCUACAGUGGAGAUCAUGACAGAGCCAAUAGGACAGAUGACAAGCUAACAAGAAGGGAGUUGAAAGCUCUACAGGAUAAGAUUGACAUCCUCAUUGCUGAUAAAGCUACUCAAGAGCAGGUUCACGUUGUUGGUAACCCACAGCAAGAGACACCACCUACUACUGUCAAUGAAGUUGAAGGUUUGGAAGGCCAAGAGGAACUGUGCUUCAUUAAUAGCAAUGGUAGCUGUCAAGACUUUAGAGAAUCAGUUUGCUUCUAUGGCUUCCACCUCCAAGCAGCCAAUGGGAACUCUACCAGGGAAACCAGACCAGAAUCCCACAAAGUUGAGCAACAGAUUGUGACAACAAGUGGGGCAAAGAUUGUGGAGAAAGUAUACAAGCUGGUUGCAGCUAAGGUUGUGAAGAGAGAUGGACACAAGGUUGAGAUGGUCACGCAGGAGGACACCACUGAGGUUGAGCAGUCACCUUAUGAUAAACUCCCAUUUCCACAGAGGGUCCUCACCAAAGCUCAGAAGAAGGACAUCUCCAAGUUCAGGAAAGAUCUUAGUGAUGUUGGGGUAAAGCUUCCAGAGAUCUCGGGUAUGCGAGAGGCUCCUGUACAAAUGAUGCUCAUCCAGGACAUUCUAACUCACAAAGAUAAGGUAGCAGAGCUCCUGGACUUCUCUACUCUGCAACUUGAACCACAUGUCCCACCAAAGUCUCUCCCUAAACAAGAACACCAGGGGAUGUUUACCUUGUCUUGCUCCCUUGGUAAGCUCACUUUUGAUGAUGCUCUUGUUGAUUCUGGUGCAAGUGUGAAUGUGAUCUCUAUAGAGAUGGUAAAAACUCUAGGGAUUGAGAGCAUGGAGCCAACCAGAUCUUUACUACAGUUUGGGGAUUCUUCUUCUACAACCCCAAUUGGUCUCAUCAAGGAUUUUCCUAUGAAGAUUGGAGCAUGCACCAUCCCUGUUGACCUCACUGUCCUAAAGAUGGCAACUGCAAAGAGGUUCCCACUCAUCCUUGGCACUCCAUUUCUCACAACUGUAGGAGCUUGCAUAGACUUUGAUAACAAGAAGGUCACACUCCUCAAAGUGAACAAAGCUGUCUCAUAUCCUCUCCAGCCCCUAGAGAUGAAGUCUGUGUAUUGUGGAACAAUCACUUGUGAAGCAUCAUCCAUUGAGAAACCAAAGGCUGAAGUGCUGUAUGUUGAGAAAGAAACUCUUGCUGGAGAGUCCUCUACAAAGAUGUGUGAUGAGCACUUGGAAAGUGCUAAAAAGGAGGAGGUGAGUAGAGCCACAAAGGCUACUCAUGUCAAGAAGAAGAUGAUGAAAGAACCUCACCCUCCACCUCUUGAUACACUGCCACACACUCUCACUCUUCACCCAAUGAAGCUUAAGGAUGGAGCUAUUGAGUACAAGAUCAGAUGUAAAGGAAAGACUACAUCAUUCUCAAGUGCAAGGGCCAUCAUCACUCAUGAGCUCCAAGAUGAUUCAAUCAAGCUUCAAGAGCUCCUCUCUCAGGUCCUGACCAUCACUCUUAAUAGUGGGAAGGACCCCCCUUCUCCACUCUCCAUUUGA